CCCCCACCCUGUCCAAUCCUGCCAAAGCUCAGAAUAACCCAGAGAACCAGACAGCAGGAUGGCAGGGGCUCUGCUCAGCACCUUUCUUCUCUUGGGACUUCUAGGCAGAAGUGAGGAGAAGAAUGAAGAGCUGGAUCUCUUUCACCAUCUCUUCGACAAUUACGACCCAGAAUGCCGGCCAGUGACAGGGCCUGAAGACACUGUCGCCAUCAGCCUCAAGGUCACCCUGACCAAUCUCAUCUCCCUGAAUGAAAAGGAGGAGACGCUUACUACCAGUGUCUGGAUUGGAAUUGACUGGCAUGAUUAUCGACUCAACUUCAGCAAGGAUGACUUUGCAGGCAUAGAAACCCUGCGGGUUCCUUCAGAACUCGUGUGGCUGCCAGAGAUUGUGCUGGAAAAUAACAUCGACGGCCAGUUUGGCGUGGCUUAUGACUGCAAUGUGCUCAUUUACGAGGGUGGCUACGUGAGCUGGUUGCCCCCGGCCAUCUACCGCAGCACCUGCGCAGUGGAGGUCACCUACUUCCCUUUUGACUGGCAGAACUGCUCUCUCAUUUUCCGCUCCCAGACCUAUAAUGCUGAGGAGGUGGAGUUCAUCUUUGCUGUUGAUGACAAUGGAGAGACCAUCAACAAGAUUGAUAUCGACACUGAAGCUUUUACUGAGAAUGGCGAGUGGGCCAUCGACUUCUGCCCCGGGGUGAUUCGUCGCUACGGUGGAGGCUCCGCUGACCACCCGGGGGAAACUGACGUCAUCUACACACUCAUCAUCCGUCGGAAGCCUCUCUUUUACGUCAUUAAUAUUAUCGUGCCCUGCGUGCUCAUUUCUGGCCUGGUGGUGCUCGCCUACUUCCUGCCGGCGCAGGCCGGCGGCCAGAAAUGCACCGUCUCGAUCAACGUCCUGCUCGCGCAGACCGUCUUCUUGUUCCUAAUUGCCCAGAAAAUCCCAGAGACGUCUCUAAGCGUGCCACUGCUGGGCAGGUAUCUCAUUUUCGUCAUGGUGGUCGCCACGCUUAUUGUCAUGAAUUGCGUCAUUGUGCUGAACGUGUCUUUGCGGACGCCCACGACUCAUGCCACAUCCCCGCGACUGCGCCGAGUUUUAUUGGAGCUGCUGCCGCGCCUCCUGGGCUCGAGCCCACCCCCAGAGGCUCCCGGAGCUGGCUCGCCAACUAGGCGGGCGUCGUCUGUGGGCAUUCUGCUCCGCGCCGAGGAGCUCAUCCUGAAAAAGCCGCGGAGCGAGCUAGUGUUUGAGGGGCAGAGGCACCGGCAGGGAACCUGGACUGCUGCCCUCUGCCAGAGCCUGGGCGCUGCUGCCCCUGAGAUCCGAUGCUGUGUGGAUGCUGUGAACUUCGUGGCUGAGAGCAUGAGAGACCAGGAGGCCACUGGAGAGGAGGUGUCUGACUGGGUGCGAAUGGGCAAGGCCAUUGACAACGUCUGUUUUUGGGCUGCUUUGGUGCUCUUCAGUGUUGGUUCCAGCCUCAUCUUCCUUGGGGGUUACUUCAACCAAGUGCCUGAUCUCCCCUACCCGCCAUGUAUCCAGCCUUGAGCCUGUGCUGAUGCUCAUUUCAACCCCCUUAACUCCACAAGUCAGUUGGUUUUGAAGAUAAGCUGCUGCUUAUAUUGUAAUUGUGAUCCCUUUCUACUGCUCACAAUAAAUG